GUCUUACCUCAACCACACAUCUCUUGAUAUCAACACAACAAUCCAAACCCAUACUGAAUCAGUACUGCCACCGUGUCGUGGCGGACUGGCCGUAUACUACGAAUUAUUACUUAAAAAUGACUAAUUCUUCAAAAUAAAAAAUAAAAAACAAAUCAAUUAGAGAUUCAUUUUUUUAUUUUUAUUUUUUUGUUUAAUUGCGGCCAGUGUUUCUUUUAGAAAUGUUUACGAAAAACGAAAACAUGGGUAUAGACAAUAAUAGUUAUGUGAAAUCUGAGGAUGUGGAGAUGAGCAACAAGGGUCAUGUCAGCAAAUCGGCCGGCAAGGUCAGCUACGAGGAGGCUUUGGAUUUGACAGGUCACGGGCGGUAUAACUACGGCCUGCUGUUUGCUUGCUUCAUGAUAAUCAUAGCUAUGGGCAUCGACAUCUUCGGUCUGGGCAUCAUCGCGACAGCCGCCACAUGCGACCUGCAGAUGACCAUCAAGGAGAUCGGAGUAUUGUCCUCUAUGCCUUUCGCAGGUAUAAUAGUGAUGUCAUAUCCUUGGGGCUACCUGUCGGAUACGCGCGGGCGCAAGCUGGUGCUCAUGUACGCUAUGUGCGGCAGCUUCAUAAGUGCCGCGCUCAGCAGUCUGGCACCCAGCUGGCAGGUGCUCGCGGCGUUGCGGUUCAUCAGCUCGGCCAUGUCGAGUGCGGCGGAGUCUGCGACAUACGCGUUGCUGGGCGAGUGCUGUAACUCGCGCUCCCGAGCACGAUACAUGCUGCUCAUGACCAGUGCUCUCAUGCUCACACCCACACUGUACUACAUAUGGGGCUACUUCAUCACCAAGUUGGACUUCUCUAUCCCCCUGCUGGGCAUAGUCUACCGUCCGUGGCGGCUGCUGACGCUGGUGAUGGCCCUACCCCUGGGUAUCGGCGCCCUGCUGCUGUACUUCUUCAGCGAGAGCCCCAAGUUCCUGGCAAACGUGGGCCGCAGCCAGGAAGCUGUUGACGCGCUGAAGAGGAUUUACGUGGGCAAUGGCGGCAAACCAGAAAAUUUCCCAGUGCGGGAGAUCUACCUGGAGGAGGGCAGCAAGGAAGCGGUGCCCGAGUUCUCGCUCCACUCGCUAUGGACGCAGAUCGCGCCUCUCUUCCAGCCGCCGCUGCUGUGGCGCACACUGCUCCUCUACUACCUCACAUUCGUCAUUUACAUCGCUAACAAUAGUUUCGCAAUCAUCCUGCCGACGAUCCUGAACGUGUUCUUCACAUCGUAUGCGAGCAGCAGCGCCGGUGCAGGCUUCUGCGACCUCUUCCGCAUGGCCGGCGAAGACAACACCACUGGUUCUGAAUGUUCGGGCAGCAUCGAGGACAACACUAUCUGGGCGGGCUGCGCGCACGGCCUAUCCUUCUUCCUACUCAAUGCGCUAAUCUCGCAGUGCGCCGGCAGGCGGAAGGUGCUGUCAAUCAGCAUCUUGCUGGUGGCGGCGGCGGCGGCGUUCGUGAUCGACAACACGGGCGAGGCCAUCUCCGGUCUGAUCUUCUUCUACAUCUUCCUCACCACCGCCAUGGUCUUCGGCGUCGUUUCCUCAUACUUUGUUGAUCUUUAUCCUACGUCUUACAGAGGCAUGGUGGCGUGCCUCGGCAUGAUGGUGGCUCGGCUGAGCGCCUUCGCCGGCACCAACCUCAUCAGCAGCAACAUGACUGAACACUGUUCAGUCGCUAUAUACAGCAUCGCGGGACUUGUUAUCAGUGGCGCUGUAGCCGCGGCGCUGUUGCCCGUCGGCGCCCUCUAGCGGCAUUUGUAUUUAUUAUAUUUUAAUGUUAAUUAUCUUGUAUCAUAUUAUUAAAUGUUUAAGAAUA